AUGCGUUAUAUUGCUGCAUAUCUCCUGCUCCAAAUCGGUGGCAAUGCUUCGCCAUCUGCGGACGACAUUAAGAAACUCCUCUCCACCGUCGGCAUUGAUGCUGACGAGGACCGUCUCACCAGCCUGAUGUCUGCUUUGGAAGGAAAGAGCAUUGACGAGCUCAUCUCUGCUGGCUCCUCGAAACUUUCGUCCGUUCCCUCUGGUGGAGGAGGCGGAGGUGCUGUUGCUGCUGCAUCGGGUGGUGGAGGUGCUGCUGGCGGAGGUGCGGCUCCUGCAGAGGAGAAGGCCGAGGAGAAGAAGGAAGAAAAGGAGGAAUCAGACGACGACAUGGGCUUUGGUCUUUUCGACUAA